AGCAGCUGCGUCCAAUGACACAGCAGAUCACAAAGCUGUCACAGCAUGAGGAAACUAUUGCCGAUAACCAGCAAGUGUCACAGCAGAUCUGCACUGAUCAUCAGGGCACUGAUGAACAGUGCCCUGAUCACCAGUGCCGCCCAUCAAUGCCCAGCAGUGCCGCUCAGCAGUUGCGCCCAGCAGUGCCGACAGUCAAUGCUGUCAGUGCUGACAAUCAGUGCCCAUAAGUGCUGCCUAUCAGUGCCCAUCAGUGCCACCUGUCAGUGCCCAUCAUUGCUGCAUAUCAGUGCAGCAUCAUUAGUGCCUCCUCAUCAAUGCCCACCAGUGCCUCCUCAUCAGUGCCACCUCAUCAGUGCAGCUUAUCGGUGCCCAUCAGUG